GGCGGUCCUUCGCAGCGUCCCCCGGGCCGACUCUGAAGCGCAGGCGGGCGGCCGGGUGGGUAGCGCGGCGCGGGCGGUCCGCAAGCAUAUUCUGGGCACGGGGCCUCCGCCCGGGACGACUGCGCCGGGCGGCAAUAGUGAGAGGCCUGUGAGAGCCUCGCGCGGCGCCUCCCGUCGAGGAGCUGAGGCGGGGGUCAGACCCGGCCGUCGAAGAGCUCAAGAGGCCGGUGGGCCGGGCCGCGCGUCGCAGCCAUGCCUGGCUUUACGUGCUGCGUACCGGGCUGCUACAACAACUCACACCGGGACAAGGCGCUGCACUUCUACACGUUUCCCAAGGACGCUGAGCUACGGCGCCUUUGGCUCAAGAACGUGUCCCGUGCUGGCGUCAGUGGGUGCUUCUCCACCUUCCAGCCCACCACGGGCCACCGUCUCUGCAGCGUUCACUUCCAGGGCGGCCGCAAGACCUACACGGUGCGCGUUCCCACCAUUUUCCCGCUGCGUGGCGUCAAUGAGCGCAAAGUAGCUCGGAGACCUGCGGGAGCUGCGGCAGCCCGCCGUAGGCAGCAGCAACAACAACAACAGCAGCAACAACAGCAGCAACAACAGCAGCAGCAGCAGCAGGCGUCUCCGUCCUCCUCCACUGCCCAGACCACCCAGUUGCAGCCGAACCUGGUGUCUGCCUCUGCGGCCGUGCUUCUUACCCUUCAGGCCGCUGUAGACAGCAGCCAGGCCCCGGGAUCCGUGGUUCCUGCGCCCACGACUCCCUCGGGAGAUGAUGUGAAGCCCAUCGACCUUACAGUGCAAGUAGAGUUUGCAGCUGCUGAAGGGGCAGCCGCCGCUGCCGCCGCAUCAGAGCUAGAGGCUGCUACAGCUGGGCUGGAGGCCGCUGAGUGCACUCUGGGCCCUCAGCUGGUGGUGGUAGGGGAAGAGGGCUUCCCUGAUACUGGCUCCGACCACUCAUACUCCUUGUCGUCGGGUACCACGGAGGAGGAGCUCCUGCGCAAGCUGAACGAGCAGCGGGACAUCUUGGCCCUGAUGGAAGUGAAGAUGAAAGAGAUGAAGGGUAGCAUCCGCCACCUGCGUCUUACCGAGGCCAAGCUCCGUGAAGAACUUCGAGAGAAGGAUCGCCUGCUUGCCAUGGCUGUCAUCCGUAAGAAGCACGGAAUGUGAAUGGUUCCCCGCCCCAGCGCCCCAGAAAUCUGCAGAAUUCGUGACUCCUUCCAGCCCAAGGAAUCCUCAGGCAGAUGUUGAACUCCCCAAUAUUCUGGUUGACAGUGCUGAGGUUUAGGACAGAUGACUCCAGUUGGUCAGUUGGCACCUUCAUUUGUUUCCCUCCUGACGUAGGAGUUGGGGACUUCAGAAUCUGGUGACACCAGCAGUCAUGACUUUGUCUCUCACUCCCAGUUUAUGUUGCAGAUUCUGGUUAUACAAAGGCUUCAGAACCAUUGAACUUGAAACUUACCCUGGAGGGGUGCAGAUGGAACUCUUAGGGACUGUAGGUUUGAGAAAACCACAUCUUAAGGUUGGCCAGCAAUCAGAGACAGCUUUGCUGUGUGUAGUGAUAAGAGAUCUCAGUAACAUCAUUCCUCCUUUUCAUGCUACCCGUUUCAGGUGCAGCCUGUGAUUCUGAUGGGGACUAGUUGAUCUGUGCCUCUGCCUCGUAGUACCUCUCUAUCCAGAAGGUCAUUUAUGAGAGGGCUCUGGGUGAUUUGCUGAUGGAGAUCCAGCUUACCAGGGACUUAGGUUUAUCUCGUUAUGUUUGCUACUGGUUACAAAUUCUAUUUUCUGUACAAUUAGACUGAAGUUUUCACUGUGUUUGGCAAAACAAAUUAAACAAAAAAAGUAAGGUUUUUAUUUGGGUUUCGACAUUUUAUUUUUAUUAAAGCUAAGUGUCCUUGAAAUAUGGGGAUAUAGAUCUUGGCCUAUUUGAAAGAACAGGCUAACCCAAAAAGUAGAGAUGCUUUAAACAACUGGACCCGGUUUCUCCAUGAAGCACAUAGAUCUUAAUAAAGUUCCUUGUUCAGGUCAUGUCA